CAAUAUACCCUCCCCUACCAAAAUGAAACGGCAAAAUAAGAGCUCUGUGGUUGAAUUCACCCUCUUGGGCUUUUCAAACUUUCCUGAACUCCAAGAGCAGCUCUUUGGGGUUUUCUUGAUUAUUUAUCUGGCGACCCUGAUGGGAAAUGUCAUUAUCAUUGUCCUCAUCUCCCUGGAACAGAGCCUCCACGUUCCCAUGUACCUGUUCCUCCUGAACCUGUCUGUGGUGGAAGUGAGUUUCAGUGCGGUCAUCAUGCCGCAAAUGCUGUUGGUUCUCUCCACUGAGAAAACGACAAUUACUUUUUCAGGCUGCUUUGCACAGAUGUAUUUCCUUCUUCUUUUUGGUGGGACGGAAUGCUUCCUCCUGGGAGCCAUGGCUUAUGACAGAUUUGUUGCAAUCUGCCAUCCUCUGAGCUACCCAAUGAUUAUGAACAAAAGGGUUUUCAUGAAAUUGGUCAUCUUCUCAUGGGUCUCAGGGAUCAUGGUGGCUACCGUGCAGGCUACAUGGGUUUUUAGUUUUCCCUUUUGUGGCCCCAGUGAAAUCAAUCACCUCUUCUGUGAAACUCCCCCAGUGCUAGAGCUUGCAUGUGCUGACACCUUCUUGUUUGAAGUCUAUGCAUUCGCUGGCACCGUUUUGAUUGUCAUGGUUCCUUUCGUGUUGAUUCUCUCGUCUUACGUUCGCAUUCUCUUUGCCAUCCUGAAGAUGCCAUCGACCGCCGGGAGGCAAAAGGCCUUUUCCACCUGUGCCUCCCACCUCACAUCUGUGACCCUCUUCUAUGGAACAGCCAGUAUGACUUAUUUACAGCCCAAAUCUGGCUACUCCCCAGAGACCAAGAAACUGAUGCCACUGUCUUACUCACUCCUGACGCCUCUGCUGAAUCCACUGAUCUACAGCUUGCGCAACAGUGAGAUGAAAAGAGCUUUGAUGAAGUUAUGGCGAAGAAAAGUAGGUUUGCACACAUUCUGA